UGCUUCUAUUAAGUUAACCUCGGUCAUUUAAUUUCAUCCUUGUUCUUUCUAACAACUCAUUUGGCCUUGGUUCUAGUACCUAACGGUAACGUUACAUAGAUUAUUAUUCCUUUCACGUAAGUAUGAAUGUUCGUCUCCCUUUUGCCACUUCCAACUGAAGCUCCCAGCGCACAUCCCAUUACGAGACAAGAGAUAAGUGGUCAUUUAAUUAACUCAAUAACAAACUAAUAAUUAACACAGCCCAGCUAAUUUACUCCGCACAAUCAGUGUAGUUUCGUUCAACAACCAAUGUGGUUAUGGACGAUAAACUGGCGUCACUUACCAAGUUAAAUUAAUUCUUAAAUGAGAAAUAGUGAGUGUUAAACUUUAAUAUAAAAAAAUAUAAUAUCUCGCAAAAACGAAGUUUCUGUUACUUACUAACUUAAAUUAAUUCUAUAAUUAAAAAUAGCGAGUGUAAUAAAAAAAAUUGAAAAAAAAAAAAUCGUAAAAAGACUUUUAAAAAAUAUAAAAAUAAAAACUUUCGGAAUUAUGGCUGGUAAAUAACUGAAAGACUUGAAGUGCAGAUCGACGAAGAAGAGCGUAAUUCUAACCAGUGUUAUAGUAUAACUUUUUAGUGAAUAAACUAUUUUUGUAAGAGACAGUGAGUGUAUUAAAAUGGAUCCUGAAAGGCAGCCCUUAUUAGCUUACUCUUCGGAAGCAAGAUGUAGAAGAUUUGGACCACUAACCCCCGAAGAAGUCAACACAGCUCGUCAAGAGAUCACCUGGCGUCGAACCCGAUUCUUCCUCGUGCUAAUGUUCUGGGCGCUCAUAGCGAUGUUCCUCUCCAUCAUCACAUGUAUCCUGGUGUCAGCGCCUAGGUGCAACUCCUACGAUGCCGCGGGAGACUUGCCUAGCGUGCCGCCGGUGCACAUGACCUUUGCACCUCUCAUUUAUAAGAUGAAUGAUGAUAGGGUUUAUACUAUGCAGGCGUGAAGUGUUGGCUUGAUUUUUGUGUAAAUAUUUGGCUAAAAUAUAACGUACUAGCUUCUGCCAGCGGCUUCGCCCGCGUGGUGUGUUGAUAAAAAGUAGCCUAUGUGUUAAUCCAGGGUAUCACCUAUCUACAUACCAAAUUUCAAUCAAAUCGGUCUAGCCGUUUUUGCGUGAUUGAAUAACAAACAUACAUCCAUACAUUCUCACAAACUUUCACAUUUAUAAUAUAAGUAGGAUAAACUCAUUAACCGACUGCAAAAAAAGAAGGUUCUCAGUUUAACCUGUAUGUAUGUUUGUGAGCGAUUUUAUCGCACAUUUAGCUGAACCGAUUUUGGUGCGGUUUUUAGCCUACUUCCUGUUUGUCAGACUUCGGAGAAGGUUUUGGGUACAUAUAUAUUAGAGUCGAUUUAAUGAUUUUGUCAUGAUUUAUUUU